AGGAAGCCAUUUCUUUUCAUAUACAUUUUACUUCCAGAGUAAUAAUUAUUCUAAAAUGUAAUUUAUUUUUCAAUUAAUUUAUAUUUUCCUUCGUGUUUGGAAUGGCAUUCCAUUGCCAGGAUUAACCAGCAACAUUUUUUAUUGUUAUUUCCAAUCGUUAACAGAUUGUUUCCAUUUGUCAUUUUGGAAUUUAUACCGCUUCCUAUACAGUACACACCAUACAAAGAUCAAAGCUAAAAAAGUCUACAUUUUUUUAGAAAGCGUGAUAAUUUAUUCACUCCAGUUAAUUAUUCAAUGCCAAAAUAGGCCCUAAACUUGUCCUGCAAUAAAUAUUUUCUGCAACUUGUGUGUCUGUUGUUUCGAGUAGUGCCAACGCAUUGACAACGAGCUUCCGUUGUUUACGUCUGUAAUUUUCACGUCGAACUCGGCCCCCCUCCGAUUCAGGUCGCCAACGUCGGCAACUUGCUGUCUCCGUGUCCCGUCUCUUGCCGUCGCCGGGAAGGAGGCGUGGACAGGACAGCUGCUGAGUUUCUAGUAACACUAAACGUGUGAGAAGAAGAGUGUUUAACCUUGUAAUCGGAUAAAACUUAACGUGUUCGUUUAAUAGUGCUAAAAAUGGCUAUCAAAGGAAGAAAAUCAUCUAGUAAAAAUCCACCAAUUUUAAGUCAUGAAUUUGUCAUUCAGAAUCAUGCCGAUAUUGUGUCGUGCAUUGCUAUGGUUUUUGUUAUUGGACUUAUGAUUCAAGUCACAUCUCCUUUUGCAUAUAUGUUUAUCGCUGUACAUCAUAAUGUGACAAAGGAACCAGAAGCUACACUACCAGAAAAUGCAGAUGUCACCUAUUACACAUAUGGAUGGAAAGACAUUUGUGCAGUUUUCUUUUACUACUUGAUAUGCAUUGUAAUGCAUGCCAUUAUCCAAGAAUAUGUUCUUGAUAAAAUUAGUCGCAAACUUCAUCUUUCAAAGGUGAAGCACAGCAAAUUUAAUGAAUCGGGUCAACUGUUGGUGUUUUAUGUUAUGUCUGUGCUGUGGGGUGGUGAUGUUAUUUUCAGAGAGAAUUAUUUACUUGAUAUUUCUUCAUUAUGGGAAGGUUAUCCUCAUCACCAAAUGGUUUUCAUGUCCAAGUUUUUCUUUAUUGUGCAACUUGCUUAUUGGUUCCAUUGCUAUCCAGAAUUGUAUUUUCAAAAAAUUAAAAGAGAAGAAAUGCCUGCUCGCAUACAAUAUGCAACUUUAGCCCUUUUUUAUGUUCUGGCUUCUUACUUGUUGAAUUUUACUCGUGUUGGUAUUUGUUUAUUAGUUUUGCACUACGCAUCAGAAGGAUUGUUCCAUGCUGCCCGUCUCCUUUACUUUGCUGACAAGGCUGAAAAUGGAAGUAAAAUGGGAUAUCACUUGGCCAAUGUGGUAUUUGUUUGGGUCCGACUUGGAUCCAUCAUCUUAUCGGUGCUCACAUUCUGGUAUGGAUUAUCACUCAGUGAGAAUCAGGGUUUGGAUUUGACCACUGGAAACUUCAACACUCAAGCUAUCAGAAUAAGUGCCCUUGGUGCUGUGUUUGGUCUCCAAGCAUGGUUGAUGUGGAAUUUCAUUACAUUCCACUUAAAAAGAAGGCGGGAACUCACUGCAGCUCAACCUGCUGUUCGCAAGCCACGUCAAGAUAAGAAAUCUGCUUCCAAAAAGAAGAAGGAUGAAUCUAAAAGUAUGUAGACAGACUGAUGUUGCAUUUUUAUAAAAUCAUUGAGUCUUUUUUUGAGAGUAGUAGUUUAUUUACGAUAAAAGGUAUUUCUUUUUAAGCUUGUUCUAAUAUGCUUCAGUAACAUUUUGUGUAAUACAUUUGAAUGCAGACACAAUUUGAUGAUAUGGCAUGGAGCAUUUAAUUUUGUUACCAUUAUUCUUGUGGAUUUUCUAAGUCAUUUUGUAGUUUAUGAAGAUUGUUGUAGAAAUAGGAUCAGUCUGAAUUUAGUAGAGUGAGCGAAGAGUUGUCAUUAAUUGACAGUGAUGUGUAUGAAAACGGUAUUUUAUUAUGAAAAGAUUAAAUAUUCUUUAAGUAUUGUAGCUAAUGGAGAUGUUUGUAUAAAAUAUUUUAUAAUUUCUAACUACUACUCCCCCUCCCCCCUUUUUCUUUCUUUUUUCUCUCUAUUUUUUUCAUUUAUGCACAAAUAUAAGCAUUCAGAUUGGCUGUUUUGUUACUAAAAGUGUUCUUAGUGACUAGUUAAUUGGUUUUAGCACACUGAAUGUUUUGUUAUUGAUUACAAUAACUAUCUUCUUCUUCAAAAGUAGGAUUGAUGUUGCUUCGAAAAAUGUAUGUAGUCUUUAUGUUUAGUGCUAAUAGAUGUGCAAAUUAGAAUUAAGUUGCCAUGCAAUCAUUAUACAAUUUCUUCAAGACUACAUUUCCUUAAUUUAUUUUCAUCAUGAACACCAUGAAAUAGUCUUUCCUUUCUCCUGACAAUAAAUGUAACGUUUUGCUAAAGCAGACUGAAGUUCGAAUUUUGAUGUGCCAAAACUUACAAAUGUUAAUUUUUUAUAUAUCUGGUGCUGGCAGUCAGUUGUUAAAAAUAAUUUAUAAUAAAAAUUGCAUUCAGAAAAUUUGUACUUCUGAAUUCCUCCCCCCAGUUUUUAUAUGAUAAUUAAAAUAAUUUGUAAAUAGUUAAAUCUCAAAGAUGGAAUAAAUAAAUUCUUUGAAUUCUAAGAAAUAUUUCUGAUUUUUAUUUCAAAUCUUAAGUUUCCUGAAUUUUCUGUUGAUACUCUUUCAAUAACUAAAAACAUGUAUAUGCUAGGUGCUACAGUUAGAUUUUAGAAUUUAUUUAUUUAUUUUUUCCUUUCUUUUUUUUUCUUUC